AUGUAUAUACAUACCAAUCCUUUUCGUCUGAUUUGUGGUGCUAUUCUCACUCACAUUUCGAUUUUCUCUACUGUGUUCGCUAUUCAAAAUCAUGAUUCAUAUUCGUGUGAUUCACCCAUAUAUUGUGAUGGACCAAUACUUCAAACUGUUCAACUGGCAAGAAUUUUUGAAGAUUCAAAAACUUUUGUAGAUAUGCCAACCACAAAAUCAGAGUCUGAAAUAUUACACUCUUUCCAAAAAUUUGGUGGCACAAAUGCGACCAGAGAACAAGUUAUGCAGUUUUUGUCAGAAAAUUUUCUACCUGCCGGUUCAGAAGUUAAACUGCUAAAAAAUAUAAGUAUCCCCGAGCUUUCUUGGAUUGAUAAAAUUAGCAAUCCAGAAUAUCACGGUUGGGUUAGCCACCUAAAUCAGGCAUGGGGGAAUCUAUCUUUUACGUUUGAUUAUUCCAAUUUGUGUGAAGAGUGUCUAACAUCUACUUUGACUGUAAAUCGUCCAUUUGUUGUACCAGGCGGUCGUUUCCGUGAAUUUUAUUAUUGGGAUUCAUUUUUCGUCAUUCAAGGUCUCCUACUCAGUGAUCAAGAUGAAUUGGCAAAAAAUAUGAUUGAAAAUUUUUUCGAUUUUGUAAAAAAAUAUGGGUUUGUUCCUAAUGGAGCACGUAUAUAUUACCUUAACCGAUCACAGCCACCAUUUUUGACUCAUAUGGUACAAGCUUAUUAUGAAAAGACUGGCGAUAGAGAUUUUAUGAUUGAAGCUUUACCUAUUUUGGAGCAAGAGUAUGCUCAUUGGAUUAAAAAUGCUUCUGUACAAGUCAAAGAUCCGAAAUCAUUCAAGAUAUAUACCUUAAAUCAUUAUGUAACAUCAAAUACAUCACCUCGCCCAGAGUCCUAUGUUGAAGACUUUAAUACAGUCAACAAGGGUACGCACUUUACAGAUGCUGAAAAACGACAGAUGUAUGCUGAUAUUGCAGCAGGUGCUGAAACAGGCUGGGAUUAUUCUUCUCGUUGGACAAAGCAAAAGGUACCCUCGAUAAAUCAAACAGCAAGUUAUGAAAUGCUUCGAACCAUCAAUACAGCCAAUAUAGUCCCUAUCGAUCUCAAUUCACUUUUAUGGCAUACUGAAAAUAAGUUAUCUGAAUGGUAUAAGCAAUUUGGUAAUAACCGUACAAGGACGGGUAAGAGAAAGUCAAAAUAUUAUAAGCGGCAAGCCAAGAACCGUUUAGCUGCUAUAGAGAGCCUUAUGUGGAAUGAAGAGGAAGGAAGCUUUUAUGAUUUCAAUUUGACGAGUCAUGCACAAAAUAUUCAAUUUACACCUGCCACUUUGUUCCCCAUCUGGGUGGGUGCAUUACCUGAGAGGAUAGCAAGGAACAAGACAACAUUAGCCAAGCUAUUUGACGAAACUGAGAGAGCUCUAUUAAAGUACCCUGGUAUCUUAACCACAUCUUACUAUAAUACAACAAUGCAAUGGGAUUGGCCUAAUGGCUGGCCUCCUCUUACGUAUAUUGCUAUUCAAAGUAUGCUUCGAAUUGAGAAUUAUUUAAAUAAUGAUGAUACCGAUAAUGAUAAUUCACAGGUUACUGACAGCAAGAAUCACACUUGGACAACCUCACUGGGUACACCCUUUGUAAAACUAGCACAAGUAUUAGCUGAACGUUAUGCUGCAUCUGCUUAUUGUGGUUGGGUCAAUACCGGUGGAUCUGUUCCUGGUAUCCUUGAUAAGGUAAAUGCAUCCAUUAUGGAUGAGGGACACAUGUUUGAGAAGUUUGAUGUAAAUACAAUUGGUCGCUCUGGUAGUCAAGGUGAAUAUAUUUCCCAAACAGGUUUUGGUUGGACAAAUGGUAUUGCUUUAUGGAUCUUUAAUCAAUGGCCAAAUUUUAUUGCACCCAAUUGUACUAAAGUCAUUACUUAUGACUUUUAA